GUGGCAUGGUCGGCUAAUUCUGGGCUGGCUGCAGGCUUCUUGAAUGAACAAGAUGUUCUCCUUCAGGUCAAGGUCAUCUUCUAAUGGUGACAAAGCCUCCAAUUCAAUCACCGAGGCAUCAGAGAUGCAGGGGCAAUUUAACAAGCUGCAGGAAGAGCUGAAGAAUGAGAAAAAGGAGAAGGCACGUGCCCUGGACGAGAUAGCAGAGCUCAAGAAGAAAAAGAACGGGAACGAAUUGACAAGCAAUGGAGGUGAUGAUAAGUUGGACCUUGUGCACAGAUUACAGCAGUUAGAAGGGGAACUGGAGGCAGCAAGGGAUUCAGAGAAGAAACUGUUAGAGUCAUUGGGGGGCCAAACAAAGCAGCUUGAACAGACCAAGGUAUCACUGGAGGAGGCCAAGCUUGAGAUUGCUUCGCUCCAAGAUAAUAAAAAGAGCUCGGCCGUGUUCAAUGCACUGUCUUCUAAUCACAGUAUCCAACCAGUUAGGAAUCUCAGGAGAAGGGGAAUAAUGUCUUUCUCCUUCGCUGAUCCUGGUGAAGUUGAGACAUGGUCAUUACAGCGUGAGCUCAAGUUGGCUGUAGAAUCUGAAGAGAAGUGCAAGAAGGCCAUGGAUGACUUGGCAAUAGCUUUGAAGGAACAAACAACUGAUGCCAGAGAUGCAAAAAUGAAGCUUUCAUUAGCACAUUCUGAGUUGGCUAAUGCAAAAAUUGAAAUGGAAAACUCAAAGGCCUUGCUGGAGAAAACAGAGGAGAAGCUCCAGUUGGCACUGGAAGAGGCAGGGCGACUGAAGUUUGAAUCGGAUGAGUUAGCAGCAGCCUCAAAAGAGAAAGAGAGGGGGCUUGUUGAUUGCAUCAGGAUGUUUGAGGGAGAUCUCAUCAAAGCGAAGGAGGAGAAUAAUAAUUUGAUCGAAUCACAAAGGGUGAUCAGAGAUGAGAAUUCCAGACUGAGGGAAAUGUUGAAGCAUGCAGUGUGUGAAGCUAAUGUAGCAAAAGAAUCUUUGGAGAUUGCCAGGGCAGAGAAUUCUCAGCUUAAAGAAGACAUCUCUGAGAAAGAUAAUACCUUAAAAAGCAUCAUGCAAGAUUAUGAGUCCCUCAAGGUAAGCGAGGCUGCUGCACAAAGUAGUAUUGGAGAAUUAAAGGAUAUGAUUGAUGCCAUGUUCAGUUCAGAGUCGACCAAAACCUCUGCAGAAGUAUCACCCAGAGAUACAAAGGGAAAUGAUGUAUAUUAUGACCAUGAAAGAACCCAGUUGGGGGAUAUCAGGAAUCCUGCAAUGCACAAAAAGAGGACAAUUCUCAGAAAAUUUGGUGAUAUCAUGAAGAAAAGAAACUCUCAAAGUGCAAUCUAAAUACUAAGGCAGCAAUUAGUUCAACGUCAGACUCCCUUUUGCUUUCUGAAGCCCUUCACAUGAUAGCUGGAAUACCAGGAGUUCAAUCUGGCAAAUGAAAAGCUACAAGUCUUGACUAAACCUUGGCAUUACACAUGUAAACCCAUGAAGCAUUUAUGUAUAUAAUAUACUUAUGUAGAUAUUGGAAUUUGAAACCAGCAUAGCUUUUUAUAGAUUCUGUUGGGUCUUGUUAUACAUUAUCUGCAUUUUGGAAGCCACUGAGUGUAAAGUCAUGAUACGGAAAUCUUACGUUGUUAGGAUCAAUGAAGAAAUAUUACAAUAUGCAAUUAAAAGUCCUAGUUUUGAGAUUAAAGUUUGUCCAAAGUUAACUUUCCAGAUAACUGAAACACUUCUACAUAUCUGGCAGCUUAUUCUAUAAUAUUCAGACUCGCCAUUUGC